AUGUUAAGACCGGCCACCCCGCUCGCGAUCCUGCUCUUCGGAGCCUUCGCCCUCAUGCUUCUCGCGGUCUUGUCUGCGCCAAUUAUUAGCUCAAUUCCACUUGGCAGCGUCGAUGGCGUCAAGUUUGGUGUAUUUGGCUUCUGCGGCCCCGAUGGCUGCACUGGCUUCGAAAUCGGAUAUGAUCCAGAUGCCGCCCUAGAUUCCGAUAAAUCAAAGUUUGACAUGCCCCAGUCGCUUCGCAAUUCUUUGACUACUAUCCUGAUUGUCCACCCCGUUGCUGGCUUCCUGACCCUUGCAUCGUUCAUCCUCGCCGCUGCCGCUCACCUUCAUUCAGCAGCCCACUCCACUCGCUAUCUACUAGCUCUUUUCAUCAUCCUUUUCCUUAACUUCCUCGUAUGCUUGCUCGCGUUCGUCGUCGAUGCCCUACUUUUCAUUCCCCACCUCGCCUGGGGUUCUUACAUCGUCCUCACUUCAACAAUCAUGGUCGCUCUCGCCGGAGUAUUCGCCUGCGCGAUGCGCCGAACUCUUAUCAGUCGGAAGGCGAGACAGAAUAGGAUUGCGCAGAACGCCGAAAUGAGCGGCGAGAACUACUAUAACCGCGAGGCACAGAAGCAAGCCGUUACCGUUGCACGCCAGCCCGCGAUGCCUCUACUCAGCGGCGCUAACGGUGGCGGUGAUGCCCUCCCCGCCUUCGCGUCCUUCGAGAACCAACAAAAGGACGACAAAGCCAGCGAUGACUCGCGAAUUCCACUCACUCAACGUAGCCCCACCCAGAUGUCACCCAAUCUCAUGGGUUCAGGGUCGACAAGUCCUCCUCUGGGAGAGCCCAUGCGGUCUAAUUCGGUUCCGCCAAUGCAGCAGGAUCAGUAUGGAAACCCCAUGGGACCUUCUCCCGACGAUUACAUGGCCCUGCGGCGAGGCCCUUCGACCGACCAAUUAAACAGCAGGGGUCGGGGAGGCAUGCCUCCUCAGGGCUAUCGCGGCCGUGAAUCCGAAUAUGAGCCCACCUGGCGGGCCCUACGAUCGACGUGGCUCCCCAGCCGACGGCUAUGUGGAGGUGGUGCCUACGGCGGCGCCAUCAGGGAUAGCGAUACAGAUGUCGCAGGCAUGAUUGGCCUGCAGCAAGCGAGGUCGGGCAGUGCACGACCAACCGACUCAUACAUGAGCGAGGGUAGCAAGUAUAGCACUGAAGAGUAUGUCAUCAUACAUUCGUCCCUCUUCCCUACUGUUGCUAACGAUUCUGCAGUGCCCAAGGACAAUAUGUGCCACCACGUGCAGGAUGGAACCAAGGCGGUGGCCGCCAUUCGCCCAGUGUCCCAUCGCCCCUCGGCGUCCGUCGAGCGGAGCCACAGGACCGGAACGCCCCCGAAAAUGGAGUUUCCUACUAUGAGGAUGUUGAUCCCCGGUAUGCGGCCGACUCCGGCGCAAGAUCAGUUCCACAGGCCGGCCAGCCUGGGCCGUACCAAGGCGCGCCUAUGGGCUACGGGCAGCUAA